UUACUUUUAAGAAACAUUUCUCAAGUGUAUACAGUUGAUUAUAAAAUGCAUCGGGCAUAUCAACCGAUUACACCAGCAAAUAAUAUGUUAUUGAAAAAACGAUGGGAUAAUAGCAGAUACAACGCACAUCGUUAUAAGGUUAUUCAUUCGCUACCAGUGAUCGAUAACAAACCACCGGAAACAUACAUUCAUCUACAUAUCAACUUAAAGAAAAUGCAGAAACAAGAAGAAAGAUCUGCUCUCAUAAACAAAGAAAACCGUCUGUUACUCGAGAAGAUGAGUUCAAUAAUGCGAACUAAAGGUUCCGUGGAUCACAAUAACAACUAUCAAUUAAGAAGUUUAAACAAAACGAAAAGACAACGUGAACUUUUGCGAUUAACUCAUGAAAAUCAAGCUAUUCUAAAAAGACUUACAUCAAAGGAACCUCAUUAUAAUCAUCUGCAAUGGGAAGAAGAAUGGCAAAUGAACAAAAUUUAUAUGAACAAUAUUUGUAAAUAUCCUCGAAGAGAAUCUGGUAGAAAAACACGACAGACAGUAAAAAGUAGUUUAGCUACUAAGUCAACGAUAGAGCAACAAUCAGACAAAAUGAUCAAACAAAAAUAA